GUUAAUCUGCAGUGCCUCUGAUCACUGGAACUUAAUGGCUUCUUCUUCUUCUUCUUCCACUACUCCUAAAAUAAAGCACGAAGUUUUUCUUAGUUUCCGAGGUGAGGAGACCCGGAAAAACUUUGUAAGCCAUCUGAAUGACGCCUUAUGCCGGGAAAAAAUGAUUACUUUCAUCGAUGAUAAACUUGACAGAGGAGAAAAAAUUUCUCCAGCUCUUUUGAGUGCAAUUGAACAGUCAAAGAUCUCGGUUGUCAUUUUAUCUAAAGGGUACGGUUCUUCGAGAUGGUGUCUCAUGGAACUUGAAAAGAUUAUUGAAUGCAAGGAAAAGUACGGUCAGACGGUAAUUCCGGUCUUUUAUCACGUAGAUCCGUCAGAUGUAAGGAAACAAACUGGGGAUUUUGGGAAAGCAUUUUCUCAGCUUGAAGAGCGUUUUAAGGUUGAUGAUCCAGAGAUGUUGCAGAGAUGGAAGAGUGCUUUGACGUACAUAGGCAACCUGUCUGGCUUUGUUUCGGAUAACACUAGGUAAUCGUUAAUUUAUUAUCAAUAAUGUCUUUUAUGUAGUAAUUUUACU